AUGCCUUCGCCACAAAUCUCCCCGACAAGCAGUCCCUUCGGGGGGCCUAACCACGAUGAGUCAUUAUCGAGGGAUCCCCGCAAGUCAAGCCCUGAUUCACUGAAAUUUGAUCCUGCGCGCUCUCUUGGAGAAUUUGCUUCAAACGUGACAUCCAUUGCAGCUAUCUCUGUCGAGCGAGAAAGGCUCAAAAAGCGGUCACAAGCGGAGUCGACUGACCUACGCAAGGCCAGUGAUCGCAAUUUCCAAUACCCCUCUGUUGCGAAACGCCUCAAAACCGGAAAAGAGGAGCUCGAUAAUGAGCUUGUUAGGGUUGAUGAAAAGCUUAAAAUUCAUCAGAAAAUGCAACAAGAACUUAUUAAAGGUCUAGCCGCCAAUUUCAUGUCCAGUCAACAACAGGCUCAACAUCGGGUUGAAAUUGAAGAUAUGAAGAAUGACCUGCGCGAAAUUAAGUCUGAGCUGUAUCGUGUCGCAAACUUGCAAGCUGGUAUUACGCCCACUCUGGAUUCACUGAAAAGUUCGAUUCAAAGUAAUGACAACCUAAUCGCCGACAUUGAACAGUGGAAAAGCUCGAUAGAGAUGGAGCUUAAAAACGUCAGAUCUGAACUUUCUACCAAGCAAAACGAUCACAAGAAUGCCACCGAAUCUGUGGUUACAAGUCAAAGCAAGUCUAUUGAACAAAAAGAGUGUCAGCAAGAGCAAACUUUAGACUCUAAUUUGAAAUUCGCUAAGGAUGAGUCCAAGUUGGAGCCCUCUGCAAAAGCUCAUGAGAGGGAUUCCUCGAAACGCCUUGACACGCUUGAUCGUGUAGUUUCUGAGCAUGCGAAGACAGGAAGGGAGGUAAGCGAAGGCGCAGAGUCUCUUAUGUACUCCCACUCGGAACCAAUCACAGAUGGAUGCCCUCAGUUUGGCACCCCUGCGGAAGUCAUGAUUCAGCUUCAGAAUCUCCGUCAAAUUCAAGACGCGAAGGAUGAAGCUAUAGCGGACGAGCUUGAUAAAUACGAAUCGAGAAUUGCCCGGCUAGAAGAGGUGAUGAGCAAAUUGAAACAAAUGGAUCGACGGAACGAAACGAACAGUCAAACAGUCGGAACUAGCAUGCACCAAAUGAACGCUGAACUUGAACAGCUACGUCAGGCAAUAAACGGGCUAAGUCAACAUGUGAACAAUCGAUUUCAGCUUGUUGAAAACCAGUCGCGAACUCUACAGGCUCAUCAAAUCGCCCUGAAUUCCCUCGAAACACGGUAUAACCACUUGUCUACGGAGCCCAUUGUUAAGCAGAUGGUUAUAGCGAUGCAAGAAAUGUACCCCCAUGCCAGCCUCGUGCAGCAGGAGAUCCCAAUCAUCCACGACAAAUUAAACAGACUUACAUCUGCUCUCGACUCUGUGCGCAGCGAUAUCAGUGCUGCCGAAAAUACGCGAUCGGCUUUAAUCAGCGACAUGACUGCGGAAAGAGACCGAAUGGCCCAAGAAAUAAUAUCUCUCACUUCCAAGAUAGAGGAACUCGGGAGCGUACAGUCAAAGUUAAACGGAAUCGAGAAAGUUUUAAGGUCAAGAAUGGAUGAGGUCGAAAAUGUCGUAGCUACCAAUCUCGCAUCUGUGAUGCUUAACGUUGACAAGCGGCUACCACCUCAAAACCCAUGA